UUUUCUCGACGCUGUUCACCACGAGGUUGCCAAAUUUUGUUGCUUGAAACCUCGGCGCAGCGAGCAGCGCUGCGUUUGUUACAUUCGGUGGUGUUCGCGAGGUUUGAGUUGAGCGAGUGCUCAUAAAGGCCGAUUCGAGUCCGCCGUCGAGACCUGUUCACUGGAACGGCAAAAUGGAAGACACAAAAUACCUCCCGGAGCUCUUGGCCGAGAAAGAUAGCUUGGAUUCAUCCUUCACCCACGCGAUGAAGCUGAUUUCUGCAGAGAUUGAUAGGAUCCAAAAAGGCGAACCCAAAAAAGACCAAGACAAAGAGAAAUACUUGGACCUAUUUGCUACAAAGAAUCUCCAGCUCAAAGAGCGUGUACUUAUUCCAUCCAAGCAGUAUCCCAGGGUCAAUUUUGUCGGCAAGCUUUUGGGGCCGCAGGGUAGCACCAUUAAGAGGCUACAAGAGGAAACUGGUGCCAAGAUUUCUGUUUUGGGCAAAGGUUCUAUGAGGGAUAAGACUAAGGAAGAAGAGCUGCGGACUGGUGGAGAAGCCAAGUAUGCUCAUCUUGCACUGGAGUUACACGUUUUCAUUGAGGUGAUGGCACCCAUCCCAGAUGCCUACCUUCGUAUGGCUCAUGCGAUGGAUGAGGUCAAAAAGUUCCUUAUCCCAGAACCUGAUGAAUAUGACCCAUACAUGGACCCCAAUUUCCUGAAUGGCUCUCAUGAUGGUUCAGCCAGGGGACGUGGCGGGCAUAUGGGAAGAGGCCGAGGUGUACCACCAGGUGCUGGGCCAAGAGGACGUGGACUCCCCCGCGGUGGUCCCCGUGGGGCUAUGCGCGGUGGUGGCCCACGAGGAGGAAUAGGCCGGGGCAAUUCUCGAGGCGGGCCAGCCGGUAGAGGUGGACCCACAGCUCCCAAUCGAGGUGGCUCUGCCUCGCGCUCCAGACCCCCUGCAGCUGGUGCACCGAGGAUGCUCCCCGCUGCUGCACUUUCUCACCAGCAAGUUCCCCCUUCCGGCUCCCAAGCCAAACCAGAGUCCUAUGAAGACUAUCCUGCUUAUGAAGAUUCAUAUGCAGAGCCAGCCUAUGAGGGAUAUGAAAAUUAUUAUAGCCAACAACCUGUGCCCACGGAUACUGAAUAUUAUGACUAUGGUCAUGGAGAGCCCCAGGAAGCCGGCUAUGAACAAUAUGCUCAGGAGGACUGGGAGAAUACUUGGGCCGCUCCUGGAGCUGGAGGCAAGGCUACUCCAGCAAGGCAGUCAAAAGGAACCUAUAGAGAGCAUCCUUAUGGAAGAUUCUGAACAGCUACUGGUAGAGUUGCCACGGCAACUGUCUUGGAUUGUAACUCACUUAACCUUUCAAAAGUAAUUCCGACUGUUUUUUCCUCACCCUUUUAUCGUUUAAUUUUUUUUAUAUAGCUUUACAUUUUUAGGAGAGAUUUUGUUGCAUGUGUCCGAUUUUUUUUUUUUUGUUUUCCCCAGGGGUAAAAUGAUAUGCUAAGUUUGUCGUCAGUUUGCUGUUUCCAUUUAAUAACUGUUCAAAUUAGUAGUUGGCAGUUCCAGCGUGACAAACUUAAGAGGCAUUCACAUUUUAGCGCUAUUUACUGGUUAUGUUUUAAUUGUAUCGUAAAAUUAUCUUGGCGAACGUAAUCACAUAGGCUUCGUAUCUAGUUUUUUACAAACGGAACAAAAGAGAACAGAGUUUAAUUUGCAAUCUAAAAUAAACCUUUUAUUAUGGUCCAACACAAAUCUUACAUCAUCGAAUUCUUCUAUGAGGUCCUCUAAACCAUAUGGUUAAAAAAAUUGAACAAAUGAAAAAUAUACCUGAUAAUCUGAAUGGUCACAAUUACUUGCAAAAAAUACUGAAGGCCAACUAGUUCUCCGUGUGUCCAGGUGACUGCAGCCUCAAUAUUUUGUACAUAACUGUAGGACAACUAUUGUAUGUUGCAAGACAAAAAUGCAUCAGUGUGUACAUUUGGUUAAAUAGGAUCCUAAAUGCGUAUUUCCAAAUGUCUUUCUGCCUUGCGCUGUUGAAAUAAAGUUUCUAGUUUCAGUUUAAACUUGAUUUAAACGUGGUAUUUUGCCUUUGUUGUCCGAAAAAAGAUUUCCGUUGGUGAAGAUGUAAAUGUAUUUGACGCUGAAUACGCUAUGUGUACUGUCAGUCGGAUUUUUGUUUCAGACAAAACAAAACGGUGUCUUGACAUUGACCUAUGUUUUUCCAAAUUUUCUAAACUACCCUUGUAAUGCCACCUACGAUAAUAAAGCUCAUCAUUCCAUGAGGUAUGGUCUGCCAAAUAUAAGUUGGACUUGAUAUCCUGCUUGAAUAUGUAUUGUCGUGAACCUUUAGUGCAUCUGCAACUCUAUAAGGCAUCAGCCGCUUGAAGUAACUGAAUCUCAACAGUAUUUCAAACCAAGCUUGCAGGGGUCUUGACUUUGAAGCAAAGUCAUGCUGGCUGCUUUUUAAAAAAAGACAAAAAUCGCAGAGGGGAGGAUUCUAAAAGCCAAAAGAUCGCCACAUGAAGGUAACAACUAACCAACUCUCAUCUAUUAGAUAUUUGUUUUUAUAUUGUGCCAAGUAGAAGUUAUUAUUCGGAAUGCACCAAAAAAAAAAUGCUUGAAGUGCAAAAUGUUAUCAGUUAUUCCGAGCAAAAAAGCCGUACAAAAAGACUGUAAAAAAUGUUGUGCUGCAACUCUUGCUCAAAUAAAAAACAUAACUUACUCAAUACCUUAUUAUUUUGGCAAUUUCUGUAGAUUGUAGAUGAAUGAAAAUUAAUCUCAUAAUAUCAGACCUUAUACGUGUGAUGGUAUUAUAUCGCAUGUAGACGGAUGAAAAUUAGUCCAUUGUAAUAUAUAUCACAUCUAACAUGUGCUAGUAAUAUCCCAAUAAUGGAAAAAAUAUGCUUGAGUUGCAUAAAUCUUUAGAUCGUGUUAGAUUUGCAUGUUUGCUUGUGUGAAUGUGUGAAUGCCUGUUCAGUGCAGAUUUGUGCUGCCGAGAGCUCAUUUUGUCUUUCUUCGUAGGUUUUAAGUGAAAUGUCUCAAUGCUGGAGACAAAACUGCUUCCAAUCUCCCUGAGCAAUGAUGGUCUUUCAAGUGUCCUUUUUGAAAGAGUGGAGGCUUUGUCAACACGGAACCUGGACUUCGCCUUGCAGAAUGUUUACAGAGGAGACAAGUCAUUUUUCUUCUAUGAGGAAUUUUUAGAAUGUUAAUUUUUUUUAAAUUCAAAUUUGUAAUGUUUAUUUCAAUAAAGUAUUUAUUUCAA